GAGCCGAUUUGCAUGCGGCCGCCGCGGCCGCUGCCUGCGCCCGAGCCCGCCGUCGCCGCCGCCGCCGCCGCCGGAGCCCGCGCCCGCGCCCGGCCCGCGCAGCCCCAUGCCUCUGGCGCGGCCCUCGGGGGGGCGAAGGUGAAGACCGGCUCCUAGGAUGAGUGAAGGGGCGGCCGCUGCCUCGCCACCUGGUGCCGCUUCGGCAGCCGCCGCCUCGGCUGAGGAGGGCACCGCGGCGGCUGCGGCGGCGGCAGCGGCGGGCGGGGGCCCGGACGGCGGCGAAGGGGCGGCCGAGCCCCCCCGGGAGUUACGCUGUAGCGACUGCAUCGUGUGGAACCGGCAGCAGACGUGGCUGUGCGUGGUGCCUCUGUUCAUCGGCUUCAUCGGCCUGGGGCUCAGCCUCAUGCUUCUCAAAUGGAUCGUGGUGGGCUCCGUCAAGGAGUACGUGCCCACCGACCUGGUGGACUCCAAGGGGAUGGGCCAGGACCCCUUCUUCCUCUCCAAGCCCAGCUCUUUCCCCAAGGCCAUGGAGACCACCACCACGACCACUUCCACCACGGCCCCCGCCACCCCCUCCGCCGGGGGCGCCGCCUCCUCCAGGACGCCCAACCGGAUUAGCACCCGCUUGACUACCAUCACUCGGGCGCCCACUCGCUUCCCCGGGCACCGGGUGCCCAUCCGGGCCAGCCCGCGCUCCACCACAGCACGGAACACUGCAGCCCCCCCGACGGUCCUAUCUACCACGGCCGCGUUCUUCAGUAGCAGCACGCCGGGCUCCCGACCCCCGGUGCCAGGAACCCCAAGCACCCAGGCAAUGCCCUCCUGGCCCACUGCGGCAUACGCUACCUCCUCCUACCUUCACGAUUCUACUCCCUCCUGGACCCUGUCUCCCUUUCAGGAUGCUGCCUCGUCGUCUUCCUCCUCUUCCUCGUCCUCUACCACCGCGACACCAGAAACUAGCACCAGCCCCAAAUUUCAUACCACGACGUAUUCCACAGAGCGAUCUGAGCACUUCAAACCCUGCCGAGACAAGGACCUUGCAUACUGUCUCAAUGAUGGCGAGUGCUUUGUGAUCGAAACCCUGACCGGAUCGCAUAAACACUGUCGGUGCAAAGAAGGCUACCAAGGAGUCCGUUGUGAUCAAUUUCUGCCGAAAACUGAUUCCAUCUUAUCGGAUCCAACAGACCACUUGGGAAUUGAAUUCAUGGAAAGUGAAGAAGUUUAUCAAAGGCAGGUGCUGUCCAUUUCAUGUAUCGUCUUUGGAAUUGUCAUCGUGGGCAUGUUCUGUGCAGCAUUCUACUUCAAAAGCAAGAAACAAGCUAAACAAAUCCAAGAGCAGCUCAAAGUGCCACAAAAUGGUAAAAGCUACAGCCUCAAAGCAUCCAGCACAAUGGUGAAGUCAGAGAACUUGGUGAAGAGUCAUGUCCAGCUGCAAAAUUAUUCAAAGGUGGAAAGGCAUCCUGUGACUGCAUUGGAGAAAAUGAUGGAGUCAAGUUUUGUCGGCCCCCAGACAUUCCCUGAGGUUCCUUCUCCUGAUAGAGGACGCCAAUCUGUCAAACACCACAGCAGGAGUCUAUCCUCUUGCUGCAGCCCAGGGCAAAGGAGUGGCAUGCUCCAUAGGAAUGCCUUCAGAAGAACACCCCCGUCACCCCGAAGUAGGCUAGGCGGAAUUGUGGGACCAGCAUAUCAACAACUGGAAGAAUCAAGGAUCCCAGACCAGGAUACAAUACCUUGCCAAGGGAUAGAGGUCAGGAAGACUAUAUCCCACCUGCCUAUACAGCUGUGGUGUGUUGAAAGACCCCUGGACUUAAAGUAUUCAUCCAGUGGUUUAAAAACCCAACGAAAUACAUCAAUAAAUAUGCAACUGCCUUCAAGAGAGACAAACCCCUAUUUUAAUAGCUUGGAGCAAAAGGACCUGGUGGGCUAUUCAUCCACAAGGGCCAGUUCUGUGCCCAUCAUCCCUUCAGUGGGUCUAGAGGAAACCUGCAUGCAAAUGCCAGGGAUUUCCGAAGUCAAAAGCAUCAAAUGGUGCAAAAACUCCUAUUCAGCUGACGUUGUCAAUGUGAGUAUUCCAGUCAGCGAUUGUCUUAUAGCAGAACAACAAGAAGUGAAAAUAUUGCUAGAAACUGUCCAGGAGCAGAUCCGAAUUCUGACUGAUGCCAGACGGUCAGAAGACUACGAACUGGCCAGCGUAGAAACCGAGGACAGUGCAAGCGAAAACACAGCCUUUCUCCCCCUGAGUCCCACGGCCAAAUCAGAACGAGAGGCACAAUUUGUCUUAAGAAAUGAAAUACAAAGAGACUCUGCAUUGACCAAGUGACUUGAGAUGUAGGAAUCUGUGCAUUCUAUGCUUUGCUCAACAGGAAAGAGAGGAAAUCGAUUACAAAUUAUUUAUAUGCAUUAAUUUAAGAGCAUCUACUUAGAAGAAACCAAAUAGUCUAUCGCCCUCAUAUCAUAGUGUUUUUUAACAAAAUAUUUUUUUAAGGGAAAGAAAUGUUUCAGGAGGGAUAAAGCUUACAAUUAAAGCUUUUGGGUAGAAUUCUGAAUCCAAUUUCAGUUAGUCCCAACACUGUCCUCUUUGGCUCUUAGGAGAUGUGGGCAAUUCAGACCCUUGGCCCCACAGCGCCAGUGCCUCAUUCAAAAGCACUGGCAGUUACCUGGUUUCAAAAAGAGGAGAGCCGUAUCCGCAGGUGGAUGCGCCAGUGAGCAGGUGGCCCUUGCCAUUUGGCUUGCCAGUCCCAAGCCCUAAAUUUCUGUUCACCCAAUAGCCUCAUCACAGGUUAUGUCAUGUCGACAAAUGCAGUGUUUUCUAUUUGAUUUUUGGAGAAUGGCACAAAAGACUGCAAUGCGAAGGAGGACAGGAGAGAGAAGGAGAAACUGGGGGCAAUCGUAACUCCUCUUGUGUGACACCUUCCUCUGAGAUUUGAAUGCACACAUCUCAGCUGGAGGUCUGAAAUUAUCACAGAAAAAGAGACAAAAAAAAUCACUAUGUCGUGUCACUAAAAUCACGCUAAUAGAAAUGUUUUUCCUUGAGAUUGUUUAGAGGCUCUGGAGGAGCGUUUCUCAGUUUUUGUGUGACUGUGUGCACAUGUGCGUGCGAGCGUGUGUGUGUGUGGACUUGCUCACGCGAGCACAUAUGCUGUAUGCACAUGUGUUCAUUGUGCGUAUGUGUGUGCAUGUGUGCGCGUAUUACGCUUGCUAAAAUUUGUUCUGAAACAUCAGGGAAUCUAAUAUUCAGAGAAAGUAUUUCCCUCUUAGAUCUGUUCACUUUAAAUUUUUCCAUUAAUUAUAAAGUUCAGUCAGUUCUUAAAUCAAGGUCACUUGCAUGGUGGAGUCCUAUAAAACUCUUGACACUGUCUAGACCAUUUUCUGAUGUGAAUACUUUUGAGAGGAGCAACUAUUGGCUCAUUAAUGAUAUCAGUAUCAUCAGGUGAGUUAACCGAGGAUGCGUGUUUAUUUUGAAUCAUGCCUACUUAAAUUAUUAACGCAAGACAAUUAACAAAUUGACAGUUCCUAUUUGCUUUCUCAUCAUCCUCAUUACUAUUUAUUUUAUAGCAAGUCUACUACGUGUGGACUGAGGCUUCGGCUUCUGUGGUUAAUAUGGGAAGAAUAACUUGUUGAAAUCAAAAAACCCAGACUAUUCAGUUCACAAGAAGCCCCCAAAAGAACAGUAAAUUGUGUUGUAUGUUCAUUUGGAAUAAAGCAAUAUUUUUACCACUGCUAAGGUGAACUGAAACCUCUCCUGAAGAUUUGUCUGUUUAUUUACCCUCAUUUUCAUGGGACAUAUGAGGAAAUUAGUGUUCAUAUACCCAGUCUUUUUCCAAUUAUUGGUGGUGUUGAGUUGUUAUGUUUACACCAUUUUAAAUAAAAAGGCACAGUAUUUGAAAGCAUAAAAGAUUUCUUUUACUGCAGUUUGGGAAAACCUUGGUUAAAAUCUCUUUGUGGAAGACACAUUCCAUGGAAAAGGAAUGUAACUAUUUCUGAGUCAAGCCGUAAAGAGAUCCAAUUCAUAUUUCAGGUUAAGUUGUUUCUGCUGAAAAUACAUUGCAAAUUGGUCUUUGGGAACAUCUGUUAUUAGUAGACAUACUGUCAUCCAGACAAAAGAAAGAGCACUAUGUAUUUAUCAGAACUACUUAAUAGAAAUUCAAGGUCUCAAAUGUUGAAACACUUUGGUAAAAAUGCACUUUACAUUUAACAAAAGGUUGUGUGAUAUUUAUUAUUUUUUCUAUAUUCCAUUGUUUUGAAUAUAGAGGUAAUACUGGUAGAAUUUUAAAAGAUUAUCAUAAAUUUGUAAUGUCUAGAUCAUCUAAGUUAUUAUUUAAAUAUACUGUAUGUAUGGAAACAUUUUAGAAAAUGGUCUUAAAAACUAACAGGUCUAUAAAAACCCAAUAAGUUGAACAUCCAAUAUGUCAUUGUGUUGAAAUUUAUCACAAUUAUCAAACAGCUGGAAGGCCUCACAACUUUGUUGAAGUCAACCUUGUUCUUAUAUAUUUUUUUAACUAAAAUGCUGUACUUGCUUAUCUGGAAGAUUGGUUCUGAAUUUACCAUUAAGAAGGUAUAUGCUGUAUAACUCAUUGCAGUUAUACUAACAUAUUGUUUACACUGAAAACAUUGUCAGUGAAACUUAAGUCUUGGUCCAACCCCUUAUUUUUUUUAAAUAAUUAUUUUAAUAUUUUUUGAAAAACUGAUAUGUGAUUAUAAUUUCACCCAUAUGUAUUCUAAAAAAGCAGUAAAUCCACUGGUUGUUUGAUAUAAAGUUUAGAUAUACAAUUACUCCCUUAAUCAAUAGUCAAGACAAAAUCCUCCAUAAAUAAUCUAUAUUAAUGGUUACUUUUUAGUGGUCAUUUGUCUCCUUUAGCAAUAUGAUGCUUUCCUGUGAAGAGUAUCCAAGGUCAAAAUAUACGUCAUUGGGCACCAGCGGGCAAGUGCUGAUGGCAUCAGUACUUUCAAAGUGAACCUAACAUAGAAAAUACUUGGAGCCAUCAGUACUUGGCCCUUCAAGGUCAUGUGCCUACAGGGAAGUACUUAUUUCAACAAAACACAUUUGAUUUUGCUUCAUUGUCCUUGCCUUUAUUAUGUGAAUAUAUAUUUGGAAAUUUGUAAUUAAAUAUGCUACAUAUUCAUUAUUUACCGGAGGAUGGAUGGUACCCAUUAUUUUUUUACUUUGACUCAUUUUCUGAUAUAUCUUCUUGUUUUGUAAAGCAUAUGUUAUUCUAGUUUGCCUGUGACUACUGUGGGAUGCCAUUCAAAAUAUGUGAGCAAUCUUAUAAUAUUGAGAAACAGUAGAAAUGAUUUUGGAAAAUCAGCAUCAAAAUUUUCUUCCUAAAUUUCCUAUGUACAUUAAGUGUUCUGCGUUUUACACUCUAGCUCAAUAUCUGCCUUGCUAUGGGUUAAAAACUAAAUCUUUGUAAAUUUAUCACACCUCCAAUGAUUUACAUUAUUUCUAAGUAGGAAUAGCAAGGCUGUCUGGAGGAGGAAGAGUGUUGUAUAUAGGACUUCACAAAUUAACCUGUUUUGAUCAUAGUAACAAAUCAGACCCACCAAAAAAGAGAACAGAAGAGCCAAGCAGACUUCAAGAGAAUGCCCAUUGGCUUCUGGAUUGAAUGACAGCUGUAGUUUGAGUGGGGCCUCGGGUGCCUAUGGCUAAGGCUAUCAGUAACCAGAUCUCUACCAGAAUAUGUCUGAUGUAUGCCACAGUCAUGCACACCUAUCCUGCAGUAUGGUGCUAUAGGGAACACUGACUCCCUAAGUCUGUGUGUUGGGGCAGAGGGAAUAGUGGUCCCUUUAAUUCCAGCCCCAUAAACUAGAAAAUACUGCACUGAAACAAGUGCUGUGAGACAUUUCUCAAAUAAGCGUAUAGUCAACCUAGGAACGCAGUAGGAGGGGUGGGAUUUUUAUUUGAUCUUUUGGUAUCUGGGAGACAUUUUAUAUAUAAAGAGUACUUUUUUAUUAUUAUUCGAAUGUAUAGAUUCAGUGUUUUCAAUGGAUAGCAUGUCUAUACUGUGUUUGUACUCUUGUCUUCAGAAAUUCAGUCCUCAUCUAGGCAAAACCAGCACAAGGUUUCAAGGCUGUUCUCAGUUUUAAAUGCAUCCCAAUAUGCCGUGGGAAAUGAAGCUUCUAAAUGAGUUUUAUCUCUUCCUAGUUGAUAAUUUUUUUCCCUUUUAAAAAAAUAGUGAGGGUAAAAGAAGAAAUUCACUCCUUAAGAGCCACACCAUUCUCUUAUAAUCUGUUUCCUACUGUAACAACAAAUACACGCACACACCCACAAAUAAAUGUACAUUAAAUUUGUGAAUUGAAUGCCUUAGUAGUUUCACUUUUGUUUAAUUUAACAAACAUCAAAGUGAUUGCCUCAUGGAAUGCCAAUGAAAUCAAAGCAUUUAGAGACAAACCAACUUGGCAACAUUUUGAUCAUCCGGGCAUUUUUCAGUUCCUUCUCUUUCUUAGGCAAGCAGAAAUAACCUUGGGUUAGAAAAUUCACAAGAUCCUAGAGUAACGUCUCUGCUAGAUUGUCUCUUAGAAAUGAAAAUCAAAAAUGAGCGUAAAUGAUUGUUGUCCUUUUAGUGUAUAAUGUUCUCAAAUAUAUUUUUUAUAAAUUUAAGCAUAACUUCUCCCAGAGGUGCCUAAACAGGUGCCUUUGCUUCUGGUACCCACUAAACUCCAAUAAGGACAGAGUGUGUGUGAUGGGGGUACAGGGGACGCUGAAUGCUAAUGUUGCAUACUCCAGUGAAGAUAAUAGCAGGGGUAACCAGAUGUAAUCUUGAUAAAAUAGAGAUCAGGUUUCUAGUACUUUCAUAUUUUUUUGUCAUGAAUACCUGUAUUGAUUGCACGUGUACUGUUGACUAUGAAAGAAUUAAUUGUGUGAUAGCAAACAAUCUCUUAUUGUUGGAAAUGAAUUAGAAAAUAUUUUCCAUUGGAAGUUGUCUUUGUGAAAACUUAUACCUUAACUAUACAUAAGACUAGCUCCAUGACCUCAUCUGUCAAAUAAGGUGGAUGACCAUUUAUCUUUGCUUUCCCUUCCAAAUUGAUGCCUUUUUAUCCAGUCCCUCUAACCCAGACUUUAUCUGGUCACCUGUCAUUCUUUAACUUGAACCCAACUCUUUAAAAAACUCUGUAAGUCUAUCUCACUAAGACUCAAAAAUAGAAUCUGUAUAUCUAUCAAUAGAUGAUAUUUCCAUUUAUAAUAUCACAUUUAAUUUCCAUGGAGGAAAAAAAACAGGAUUGUUUCUGUGGUGGUUGUUAAUGUAAAUUUACCUCAGCCAGGUAAUAAAAAAAGGGAUAGACAAGGAAAUACCCAAUUCUAAAGCUUGAAAAUCAAAUGUGAAAAUUUGCCCCAGAAUUUUUUUAAGAAAUUGUGAUGAAUUAUCAAAGACAGAACAAGGGGCUCUCCAGAGAAGGCAUGAGACCUUGAAGAUGUCCGUCUCUUACAGGGCAGUGGACACACCCUCAUUUGAUAUUCAUAAAUACAAGAUAUUUAUUGAUAUUCUCAAUUAUUUGCAUAUCAAACAAUAUAAACUCUCCUACCAGUAGUGAAUAAAUUAUCUGGAAAUACUUUCACAUGAUGGUUUAAAAUAAUCUAAUCUUUGGGAGCAGGAUAGGCAAAGACAAUGCAGAGUUUACUUGCAUAUUUAAUUUUGAUUGUAAUUGCUGUUUUUGAAAAAUUAAUAUUUAUAUGCCCUAUCAAUAGCAUCCUGACUAGCACUAAUUAUUCCAUAUAUAAUUUGUCUUGGUCAAGAUUCCAAAGUCUGAAUUCUUUAGUCAUCAAUAAAACAAUAUGAAAUUUUAAAAUACUUGACUCAAAGACAGUAAAUUUAAUUUUUUUUAAGAAGUCAACAUAGUAGCUUACCAAAUUGAUUUAGAACAAAAUGCAGUUUUUACUUGUUUUUGAUGUAUUUACAGGUCUGAUGUACAACCUUGUUAGACCUUCAUACAACCUUGUUAGGCACCACACUGAUGCUUCCUUUUUGAAAUAAAUUUAAAUUUAAGGGCACUACAAAUCACACACACACAGCACAUAGCACACAUGGUGUGUUGAAACGCAAUGACAUAGAUGACCUUGGAUUCAGAUAUUUUUCAUAGAAAGUCUAUGCAUGCAACAAUAAACUAGAGUGGUUACUGUUUAAGGUUUAUUCUUCACAGCCUACUUUCGAUUCUUGUGUUUAUCAAAGGUUUGGAGAAUAGAUAGUGCAUUUAUUGAAAUUGAUACAAAUAGAACAUGACAACUUACCUUAAACAUUACUACACACUUGCCAGUAGCCACUGUGUAUAUUUUUAAAGAUAGCUAGAGAGAAAUGCUGUGGCUAUCUCUUACUUUUUUAAGCAUGCAAUUGUACACAUUAGAUCAAAAUGAGUUCCCUAGUUCUGAAUCAUUAACACACUUUAUUAAUCCAUUUGUCCAUGUUUUAAAUAAAGAAUGUAAAUCACGCACAGAAUACAUGAUAAAUGGUAACCAUAAUAUUCACAAUUGUCAUUUUAAAACAAUUUCUCAGAAACAAUAUCUCAUACAUCUGAUAACAAAUUUGUUUAAGAGUGUAUACGUAGCUCUAUUUUCUUCCGAGACCCAUUUCAAACUGGCAUCUACUGCACUGAGAGGAUAUGAAGGCUAGGGAAAAUAUACUGGACAUAUAGCCCUCAACAACGUUUGUAGAGUUUACUUCUACUAUGGCUGCAUUUUUGUUUGUGGGGAGAUAUAUCAUAUCGCUUAUUAAAAAUUAAGAUGUGAAUGUAGUCAUUGAUUUGCAUCUUGACUUUGUCAAGUAAGCUUUUAUGUGUGGAGGGAACCCUUGGCCACCAUUUCCCAAUUUUAUCUCCUCAGCAGCCUUUGCCAAAGCUGGACGCUCAGCUUAGGUUAUAUUCUUAAUGCAUUCACCUCUUAUUUCUUCUUUACUAAAUAAGGAAUUUUCAGCUCAAAUAAGAAGCUAAUGUGAUUUUGUAGAGAGAGAUAGCUUUGUUCAUUUGAGUUGUGUUAGUAGAGGGAUAAAUUAGGAACAUUUCAAAUGUAGAAGAUAAUAAGGUUCAUGACUUUAGCCACUAUCUUCUCAUAUUCAGACAUAACUGUAGGGUCCAUUAAUUUUCCUUAUAUUGUUAACAGACUAUUUAACCUUCUUAGAAUUGCUUCUUACAACAAUAUUUUCCAUUUUAUAAGAGAAAGACAAAAUCAUCCAUUUGUAUAAAAGAACAAAACAAGAAAUAAAAACACAUUAUUAUUCUUUAAACAAUGAAUAAAAAAUAAACCAAUAACAAUUGUGUGUAAGUGCUUCAAGUUAAACUUAUUAAAAAUUAAAUAUGGUCUAAGGCUAAAAACGUUGUAAGGAAAAAUGAGGCAAAGGUUUUGCACAAUAAAGCCUGUUUUUUAAAAAUAUCUUUUCUCUGUAACUACACUCUUCUUUCUAUACUGAUAUUUUAUUUUUUAAAGGAUUGUUUUCUGGGCAUUAAGUAUGCCUAUUGAGUUCUAACAUUUAAAUAUACUAAAUAUCCACUUUUUCAUUCCUUCAAGUUUGACACAAAAUUUAUGAAAAUCUGAGUUUAAGUUGGAAAAAAAAUACAUCUUUUUUAAUAUUUAUAUUUCUUUUCUGUAAAAAGAAAUCGUUAACUUUUAUUCUGUCUUUAUUUCUGACAACUUUCACUGAAGGCUCCUAUCUUUUAAGCGUUUAAUAGGAGGAGGCCCAAAUCAGAUAUAAGGGCAGAUGUAGAUACAUUUUGAAAAUUAAAAUGUGUAAUGCAGACACAAGGAGUUGCAAUUUUUCUUGGGUCCAAAUGACCUAAAUAGCUGAAAACAAUGCAACAAAGUUUGAGCAAUGGGGCACCCUUUUGGAAAAAA